AUGGCUAAUGAACCCACCAAAUCGGACAAAGUGGCCCAGCCACCUCCGGAAAACACAUACCCACCAUCUCAGGGUGGCGCUCCACCGCCUCAAUAUGCACCAUAUCCAAACCAACCACCGCCAAAUGGACCAUACCCAAACCAACCACCACCAAAUGGACCAUACCCAAAUCAACCACCACCAUACGCCGGAUACCCACCAAAUGGCGCAUAUCCAAACCAACCUCCGCCACCAAAUGGGGCAUACCCUCCAGGUUCCUACCCACCGGGCCAACCUUAUCCUCCGCAACAGCCACAAUAUGGCGGGUAUCCACCGGAAUCAGGCCAACCACCUUAUCAUGGCGGUGAAAAGGAGAAAAAGAAGGAUAAAGAUAAGGACAAGGACCACAAGGACAAAGAUCACAAAGAUAAAAGCCACAAGGACAAAGACAAGAAAGAUAAGAAAAAGAAGAAGAAAAAGAAGAAAGGCAUCGGCGGAAGUUUGCUUGAUUUUGGUGCCGGAGUCGGAGCAGCCUUACUCGGAGUAGCACUAGGGGAGGAGAUUGAGGGCGGUGGUAGUUCUGAUUCGGAUUAG